ACACCUUAACAAUUUACUACAAGAAAUUAUUUUCAUUUAAAAGUGUAUGAUUUCGAUUGAACUAUACUUUAAGUAAGUGAAUAUGCUAUUUUUUGUUCAAUGGCAUUUAGCAGGUCGUGCAAUUGUCAGAUCUAUGUGUUCGGCUGCAACCUCAACAAGACCACCUAUUUCUGUUUUCGGAAUCGAGGGCCGUUACGUCUCCGCUCUGUACAGCGCGGCAUUACAGAUGAAGCAAAUAGAACAGGUCGAGAAACAUCUCCAAGACAUGCAGAAGUCACUCGGAAAACCAGGCGUUGUAGACUUUAUUGAAAGCAGCAUGAUGUCAGCGAUGGAAAAAGCUAAGCUUUUAAAGACAAUCGCAGAAGAAGCCGGUAUGCCUCCUGCUGCAGUAAAUUUUUUACAAGUAGUAGCUGAAAACGGUCGAUUGAAAAUGCUUAAGAAGAUGAUAACAUUGUUUUUAACAGUCAUGGUAGCUCAUAGAAAUGAAGCCUUAUGUGAGAUCAUUACCGCAAAACCUCUCGAUGAAGCCACAAGAAAAACUCUCGUUGACGCUUUAAAGAAUUUGGUGGAAGGUGGGAAAAAAAUUCAACUCACUGAAAAAGUAGAGCCUUCUAUUAUAGGUGGCCUAAUUAUUGGCAUUGAGGAUAAACAUAUUGAUAUGAGCAUUGCAAGGAAAGUGCAAAUGUAUACGGAUAUAUUGAAACAAUCCGUCUGAUUUGAAAUAAAAUAUAAUG